GUUCUCGCUCUUGGCUCUUGGUUGCGUUUCGUCAACAUUAGAGCUACCGAACUACCAACAGCUGGCGAGACUGCUACGCUGCAGUAUCGGGUCGUUUGACACAACUAUAUUAUGCAUCUUUCAUUGUUGUUGAUCGUUCCGUAACGUAUAUUUAUUUCGCGUUGCGGAACCGUCGUGUGUCGCACCGCGUCGCGUUGUCGAGAGAAAACGAGAGAGAGAGAGAGAGAGACGAUCAUUCUCGAUUGGCAUCGUCCGAACGGUACGGACAAACGAAACAAAGACAGAACCAAAGCUCGAUCGCCGUCACAGAUUCCGAACGGCUCCAUCUUGCGCAACAUUUCAAGUAUUCCAAGUCCAAGGAACCGUGAGAGUGCCAUUAUCGUCAUCGGUUCUAACGAUGUCGACCGUGUCAACGACGAUGAACGACUCCGAGGAAUAUUAUUGUUUUCGAGUGAAGGAGAGAAUAGACAGCGAGCUCGGCGAAAAUAUUGUCAUCAUUCAGCGAUCGUACAACUUCGACUUGAAAAAGCUACGGACAGAUCUGUGGAAGCAAUUUGGCGUGCCGAAGGACAGACGCAUCUUCUACAUUGAUGAUGAUGGGGACGACGUCCCAAUCGAUUCGGAAUGCGAGUUUCACGAGGCAUUAAAGCUCGCAAAAAGCGCUUUUGUGGUAAACACAGCGAUCCCAUUGAUUGUGGGAUCUUUCCACACACCUACGUCAUGCAGUGAUGACGAGCAAGGCUCUGAGAUUUGUUCGAGCAAAGAACAGCUGAAAAGUAUCAAUAGCAAUCCUAUCUCGUCAUUUACCGAGAAAAAUAAUAGUUUUAUGUCGGAAUCAAAUUUUGAAUUCGACAAGCAGAAAUGCUCAAUCCAGAAAAUAUCAUCGAAUCAAAAGAACAUAAAACAAUCAAGUGAUGAAUCAAACAAGGAACAGAUGGAAUCGAAGGAAAUGGAAAUACCUAAAGAGUUGAAUACUUCGUUACAAUGUUCAGAUAUGGUUCCUCCUCAAUGGUUCAUCAAAUACAUGGAGAUGAUGAAGAAGGACAUGGUAUCUAUGAUUACAAAUGAAGUAGUGAAAAAUGUAACAGAGGUGUUGAAUAAACGCCUAGAUUCCUUCGUGUAUCCACCUCUAAAAGAACUCGAUCAGUCUCGAAGUCAAUCGUAUUCUUCUCUCUCAAAGCGACAUCCCAGAUGUUCCUUCGAUGCAAAUGAGAAGACUCAAAAAAGAAUGAGCUCUCAAGAUGAAGAGCAAUCGAGUGAUGCUUCGAUUGAACGCGUAGAUGAGCCGCAAAACACAAAUACCACAGAAAAUAUGCAGACAAAAAAAGAUGUGAUAUCUACAAUUAGCCAAGAAGUAGUAAAGGAAAUGACGGAGAUGUUGAAUAAACUUCCCUUAGAUCCCUUUAUAUCUGUCCCUUCAAAAAAACUUGGUCAAUCCCGAGGCCAGUCACAUCUUUCUUCCUCAAAACGAUUUUCUCGACACUUUGAUUCCCAUUCAAGUGAGAAAAAUCAGAGAAAGAUGAGGCCUCAGGAUGGAGAACAAUCGAGUGACGAUGCUUCGACGGGUCGCACAUACGAGCCGCGAAAUACCACGAAUACCACGGAUAUUUCACGUCGAUUACAGAAAAAUCUUGAUCUUAUUGGUGCCGCUAUUUGUGCGAGCGUCAAAGAGGAAAAGAAGAAGAAGAAGUGUCAUCAACGAGUCGCUCAAGUAACCAGCGAUAACUCGAAUGAUGAUAUCAAUAAGGAACAGGAGCAAUCUAUUCAGAAUAACGCGCGAGAAGAUUUUAUUUCUCAGAAGAAUUUACUUUUACAAACGGAUUCAAUACCAUAUGACGAACCCUUGGGAAUAAUUGAUAAUGAGCUUCGUAUGAGUUGUUCCGUCACUGGACAUCAAAUAUUAGAUGAAAAUCGUCGUAGUAAAGAUGCCUGGUGCUGUGACAACACGGAUAUCGAUAAAACCAGCUUCUGGUCGUGUGAUCAAGAGGAAGAAGAUGAUGAUGCCUUCGAGAUUAUUCAAAUGCCUGCUUCGGGAAGUAGAGAUGAAUCGGUUACGCAUCCUGAAGAACCUGUUAUUGAACAACGACGACAUGAUAGCAAUCGGGACUCGCCCAGUUUCGAACUUUUGUCAGAACCACCAUCGCCCAUUCCCACAUGUUUCAUGUAUUUCAACGAAGAGCAUUUUUCGGCAAAUGAGGGAAAUUCCGAAGGACAAUCGUUACAUUCCGCAGAUAUGAAUCCGAAACCGACAAACUCCAUUUAUGUAGUUGAUAUUCAUGGUAAAAUCUACAGUGAACGUCAGUGGAUAGAUUCCGAUGAAUGCAUUAGCACCGAUUUAGAGAAACGGUCUGGUGGAACCUACUCGUUCGUAACAGAGACUCUACCAGUGCAGGAUACUUGCUGUUCGAAAUUGUCGCACUCGGAACAACGAUCGAGCGAACGGAAAAAGGGUCCUCAAGAGGAUACCAUGAAUGACAUUUGCGAUAAUACGAAGAGCUCAUACGACGACGUGAGAAACUCGCAUACGAGUUAUCUAAACGUGCGAACUCACUGUGACUCGAAGACGCAGUCUCAGUGUAGCUGCGAAUCGCAGACCGAUUCGAAUGACUUCACGCAGAGCUUUCACUCGCACACUACUGAUACAACUGACAUUUACACUGAAGCUUAUGGCAGCGGCAGAUAUAAUGAGCAGAUGCCGUCAAUGGUCGAAGAUCUAAGAGAAGCAUCGGCAACAACGGUAACAGCAACAGCAACUGCUACUGUGACCGCGACAACAGCAUCAAGAAAUGGUGUACAUGAUGUACAUGUUAGUGGUGGCUGUACGAAGGAAGCCAGGACAAACGGGAAGAAUUGGAAUUGGAAUAAUGCGGACAAUUAUUCGGAGUGCGCCUACACUCUGCACAACUGUGCCUCGCAAGGUACUUCAAACGAUGCUUCAUACCAGUCCAGUCGAACGAAUGGAUCCGAUAGGCCGAGUUCCAAUGUAGGAUCGAGGAAGACAUCCAUUGGUGAAACACUUGGUACCGAUCCUGUCCACAUUUUACCAGAAACUCUAGUCACCGCAGCUGCUCAAGUCGGAUCACUCGCUUACGAUACCGCACGCGAGAUGUUUGACAAGAUACGAGCACACACGAGGGAGGAUUCUGUAAAGCGUCGAGGUGGAGUAAAAAGUGAUGAUAAGAAGCGCUUUUUCGUCGGUCCUCUAUCUUUGUACUAAUAAACUACUAAUCCCUCAUUUAUGAUUGAUAUCUAUACGUUAAACAAAUUGCUAAAUAGAUCUGUUAAAUGGUGGAUAAAUACGCAAAUUGGAUUUGUAAGCAUGAAAUAUCAUAGUAUUGUAUUUUAGAUAUGGUCCGAUCGAAAUGUGUACUGAAAGCGUCGUUUACAACAUUAGGAUUUCUUAUCACUCAGCAGAUAAAAUCAAGUUUCAUGCCGAUAAUGAUUGAUCAAGUGACUUGUCAAGAGAGGCCAAGAAUGUAUCCCAUUAUUAAUGAAAAAAAAUUUUAAUGACAAUGAACCAGAAUAUGAGUUUAAAAAAAUAAAGAUACUAGGGAGCGCUUUGUAUAUACGAGUGAUUCUUAAUUGCACGCGAUAAAUAAAAAUGGAAAAACGUCCUAAAAAUGAAUCUCAAAGUAUUCUAUCGAAUAUUAUUUCGAUUUGUUGAAUAUUGUUUCGAUUUGUCGCAAGAAUCACUGUGGAAUCAAGAAUCACUGUGUACGUGAUAGUAUUUAUAGUGGUACUUGCUAUAUUAUAGAAUGUUAAAACUGACCAUAGUUGUAUAAAAUUAUGAAACUAAUUAUAUAUAAUAAAACCCAAGUGGAAAUAGAGAGAAAAGAGUGAUAAGCUGAGUUUCUUGAGAGAUCGUCUAUGGAGAGCGGUUGCUUUGUUUGGAAUGAAAUUCUUUAUUAUAAUUUUUUCGCGUUCUGUGGAUAAUAUUAGAAGCUAAAAAUAGAUUAACUAUAUAGAUAGAAGCGCGUUCAAUUGCCUUUCGUCCGCUUGUACAUUUAUCGAGAUGAAAGGAUGAUAUCGCCCUAUUCGGUAACUGAACGAUUAUUACUAGUCUACGCAGAUAAUUUUGCGAUCACAUCUGAAAGAUUAUGAUUCAGUUUCAUUAAAUCUGCAGAAGCGAUGCAGAAUGUAGUAGAAGAAUUGUUUAUUUACAUCCCUUUCGAUAAGAAAAGUAAUAAAAGUCAUCUCUCUAGCGAAAUAAUGUAUCGACGUUUGGCGUAAGAUUCGUCUGAAAUGUUUAAUCAAUUUAUUACACUUUCAAAGUUCUUGGCUCAUGUGACACGCAUUAUUACAAUGUGCUAGAAUUUGUAGAAAUUUAGUUGGAUUUGCGGAAAUAAAUGAUAUUAUAUGAA